AUGAGCUCCAUGAUCGAGGCCAGUAAUGACUGGGCACGAGAGGAUGAGCUCGACUUGGGCCAAGAGGACGACGAGCACCCCCCGCCGACCCGCAACGGCUUCUCCCACCAUGCCAGCCCCCAGGAGCUGCCGGGCCAGGACUCAAUGGCCUACAUCGAGGAGGAUCUCCCCGGUGUAGCCACCGAGAACCACCACCUCCCUCCUGUUGACGCCGAUACGACCUCCCUCCCCUCGUCGCCGCGCGCCGGGCAGCCCGGUGCUCCCGGCAGUGUCGACGAGACGAUCUCCACGCCCGAUGAUACCCCUUCCCUGCAUGGCUCUCUGCUGUCGUCGCGGAGCAGCAGCGCGUUGGCCUUCCGAGGCUCCCCUGGACCCAGUCCCAGUCCCUCCCAUCGCCCCUUCGACCGUCGCUUCCAGUCCAGAUUAUCCACCGCCUCGCCCGUUAGCUUCCGACCGUCGUCGCCCUUCCUGGCGCAGCUUCACUCGCGAAAAUCCUCCCUCACUAGCCACCUCUCCCCGGCGACCGUGGACUCGGGCGCGGGCACCCCGACGGGCCCGUGGGAUGUCAUACAAUGGACCAAGCUGAGGAAGAUCAACGGCCAGGCCUUCUCGGAAGUGGGGAAACGGAACUUUGGGUAUCCCACCUGUAUGGCGGUCUCGACGUCUAUCGUGGUGGGCACCUCCAAAGGCAUCGUCCUGGUGUUUGACUAUCAGCAGAAUCUCAAGACCAUCAUUGGGCUCGGAACAAAGGCUGUCGAAUGCGGCGCGAUCGCAUCUCUCGCGCUUUCCGCCGAUCACUCGACCAUCGCCGGAGGCCAUACCUCAGGCGACAUCUUCACUUGGGAGAUAUCGCGCUCCGCACGGCCGUUCCUCCAUAUUCCCCCGAUCCCUGCGAACCAGGUCGAUACUCGGACCUCUGAUGGUCACAUUUCCGGCGCGCCGGUCAUCCAUGUCGGCUUUCUGGGUACCCGACGCACGGCGCUGGUCUCUGCCGAUAAGCGGGGAAUGGCGUUUUCGCACCUGGCUACUCGGGGAAUGGGCGCAAUGGGACGAACGGUGAAGACAACUCGGAUUCUGGGUCGCUAUCCUCAGGCCUUUUCAGAAGACCGGCGGCCGCGAAAACCGAGCUCGGUCCUGGCAUUUUCGCCCCUCCCACUCGGCAACGUUGAACAGCCGACCGACUCACUGGGCCUGGUGGCCAUGCUCACGCCUUAUCUCCUGGUCAUUGUCUCAACCACGCCUGUCGCGCAAACGCAGCACAAAUCGCCCCGCCCGAAAGAAGUUACCGCUCAUGGCGCUAUGACCGGAGCCCUGGCCUGGUUCCCGGCGAUCCGGCUCAAGGGCAAAGACUCGGAAAUCUCCAAGACAAAACUCGUUUACUGUUGGUCGAACGUGUUGACGGUGAUGGAUGUGUCUGAAGUGGAAACCAACGAGUCGCCGACCCGGGACCGGCCCCCCAGCCUGGCCUUCAGGCCUCGGAGCAGAUGGAAGGCGGAUGAAGCGAUCGUGGCCGUGCAGUGGUUGAGCCGCUCGGUCCUGGCGGUGCUGACGAUCACGCAGCAGUUGCUCAUCCUGGAGGACUAUUCGAUGCGCGUCACCGAGGCCGUCGAUCUCCUCAACCGGCACAUCUACCACGUCGAUCUGUUCUCCGCUCACCUCCAUAGCUUGGUCGAGCAAUUCAACGAGGACGACACCUCGAUGCACGGUGUAGUGGCGGAUGCUUUUUACAUGAGUUUCCGCUCCUACAAGGGGCGCCUGUUCCUCCUCGGCUUCAACGAGAUGCUGAUCGGAGGCCUGUCGAACUGGGCCGAUCGGCUGCUGGCGCUGAUGGAAGCCGGUGACUUCAUCGGGGCGAUCGAGCUGGCGACGUCCUAUUACCAAGGCAGUGCUGAAAAGCUGACCAUCGGCCUGCCGGAAGAGGACGCGCUGCGGCAGCCCCUCGUCCGCGAGAAGCUCCUGGAGAUGAUUUCUGCGUCACUCAAGUAUGCAUUUGGCCGGAACGAGGAAGCCAAUAAUGGGAGGCUCGGCAAUGGGCAGCUUGAGAAACUGGCCGAGGUGGCCAUCUCGGCGUGCGUCUGCAUGUCCGAGGAGGACUUUCUCUGGGAUGAGAUCUUUACGUGGUACGAGGAAGGUGGCUUGCAGGGGAUUUUCCUGGACGCACUUGAAGCGUAUAUAGUCGAGGGAACUGUACGGUCGCUUCCCCCUACGGCUGUCAAGGCCCUGAUCAACCACUUUGCUACCACCCACAGCGCCAGCAGACUGGAAGAGAUCAUCUGCUUGCUUGAUACUGCCACGAUGGAUAUCGAUCAAACAACCACGCUGUGCAAGCAUCAUAACCUAUACGAUGCAUUUAUAUACGUCUGGAACCGCUGCCUGGGCGACUACGUGGGCCCUUUGCAGGAGCUCCUGCAGCUGAUUCCCAACCCCGAGGCUCUUAUCAACGGCGAUUCCGUGGAUGGGGUCAAGCGGUACACUAAUGCAAUGAAGAUGUUCCCCUAUCUCUCCUUUGUCCUUACCGGCCGCAUCUAUCCGACUGGGGCGGACAUGGAUGAGGACGAGGCGACUCGAGCCAAGGCCAGUUUGUAUGAUUAUCUGUUCUCGGGGAAACCGUCUGGCACCGACUCGGGGACCCAUUCUCAUCCAGGCGGGUCGUUUCCGGACCUCCAAACGAUGCUGCGAUUUGACGCGUCUAGCUUUAUGAGCAUGAUGAACGAGGCGUUCGAGGACAGUUUUCUAAACGAGCAGGAACUCGACGAGACCCCUUUCCAGGGGGUCUCCAUCAACCGACAGUAUCUAAUUAGCAUUCUGUUACAGGUCAUGACGCAAUCGUUCGAAGCAUCUGAUACCGUUUAUCUAGACAUGUUCCUUGCGCGCAAUCUUCCCAAAUACCCCCAAUACAUCCUUCUGUCGGGCAGCACGCUCCACCAGGUCCUCGAGCGGCUGUGCCGAUACCCUAGCCCGGAGAUGGCCGACGACUGUGAACUGAGCGCUGAAUAUCUGCUGUCCAUGUACCACCCCCCCGAUGUGCAGGGAAUGAUCCCGCUCUACAAGACCGCGCGCUUCUUCCGGAUCUUGAAGUCUACGUAUCGCUCCGAGAAGCAGUAUCCGGAGCUGGUGCUCACCUACCUGGAAGACCCGACCGAUCAGGGUGCCAUCUUCACCUGCCUGCAAGACUGCCUUCGUCCCGGCGCGGGGCUGGGCAAGAAACAGCGGCGCGAUGUCAUCGAUGUGGUCAAAGAGCAUGCGGGCCAGCUGGCGGCGAUCGACGUGGAAAAGGCCGCCCUGACCAUGCACGGCUUCGCCCCCGAGACCCAUGAAACGUUCCUCAAGGUCUUGGAGGAUGACCCCCACCGGCAAUAUCAGUACCUGGGUGUCGUGGUUGGCAUUUCGGUUCAGUCCGUGGCCGAGGGGCGAUCGGCCAAGCCUGUCGCGAACCGGAUGGUCGAACGGUACGUGCAGCUGCUCUGCAAGUACAACCCGACGCGCGUGGCGGACUUUGUGGAGGAUCUGCGGGUCGGCGAUGUGCGGCUGGAGGAGCUGCUGCCGUCGAUGGAGGAGAGUGGGGUGGUGGACGCCGCGGUGAUCCUGCUGGCUCGACAAGGGCAGAUUCGGGCCGCCAUGGACCGGCUCAUCGCGCAUCUGGGGACGCUGGAGGCCGGGCUGGUGGGCAUCCUGCAGAACAUCCACGACAGCUCGGACUCUGCGAAUGCGACCGAGGCUAUCGACCAUCUCGUGGAAUCUCUGGAGAAGUACACCCGGGUGGGAACCUGGCUUUGCCAGGGGCAGACCAAGACGGCGAAGAACUCGCGCGCGGUGGAAAGGAAUGGCUCGGGCAAGGGCGCCCUCGAGAAGCCGCUCUCGUUCGAUGAGGGGCUGUGGCUCGACUUGAUCGAGGGGGUCGUGCGGAUUGCCAGCAGUGUCUUUGGCCUGAUGCAGAACGGCGAAGCGGGCGACUCUGCGGUGCGCGCGAACCCGGCGACUGCGCCCUUGGUGGCCGCAUUCCGGGCUCUGGUGCAGCAGGUGUUCACUGCGCUGCUCUCCAGCACGGUGCGGGUUGGCGCAUCGCCCAACGGCGAACGCAGCGAUGUCGCCUUCCUCCGGAUCCUGCGCGCAUUCCUCACGCGGGCGGCGCGCUGGUCACCCUCCCUCCUGGAGCUGCGGGCGGUGCUGGCGUCGAUCUUCUCCGCGUACACGUACGAGAAGUCGCUGCUGUCGCUGGCGAACGGGAUGCUGGACCGGGACCUGUUUGUGCAUGUGGACGAGGUGACGCGGCUGCGGCAGCGGGGAUGGCGACCACGCGGCCAGCUGUGCGAAGUCUGCCGGCUGCGGGUCUGGGGCCCCGGGGUCGGCCCCCAGCACUGGCAGUCGUGGGAGCAGAAGCAGGCAGAGACCCAACAGCAUCGUCUCCGCAGGCGACUCCACGAGCAAAAUGAUCCUGCGACAGCGCGGGGGAAGGGCAAGGCGGCCGAUGCAGGUCAGCCGCUCCAUCUGAUGAUGGACGGGCAUGCGGGAGGGGACGGGGACGAGACUGUGGCCGCAACUGCCCCCCCUGCUGGGCCGGUGGUCGUCUUCUCCUGUCGCCAUCUGUACCAUCGUCGCUGUCUUCUGGAGAUCGAUCAGUCGAAUGCGAAUGCGAAUGCGAAUGCGACCGGAAAGCAGCACCAGCAUGGACCCUUCCACCGGGGAGGGUCGGACUGGGAGGAGCUGUCUGCUCUCAUUCUGGCCCCCAACGCGCCUUAA